UGUACCUCACAGCAUAUUCGCAAAUCACUUCUAGCUGUGUUAGUUCUUUCCCUAGUUAUGGCCUUGAAAUCAUUUCUUCUCGUGUUCUUCUUGGUUGCUGUAAUGGCAGCUACUAUAACUGAAGCUCAGCUUGGGAUUGUAGGUGGCCUUCUUGGUUUGAUCCGUAUUCAAGGGACAGUCUUCUGCACUGCCAAUGGUAAUAUGGGUGCUAAUGGCACAGCAACCCCAGUUUUUCCUAAUGCACAAGUGCAGUUGAUGUGUGGCAGUCAAAUGAUAUCUACCGCAACGACUAAUAGAUUUGGAAUAUUUUCAAUCGUGUUAGAUCCUCUUCAAUAUGUUGUUUCCUCGGUGUUAAGUGGCUGCUUCCUCAAGGUUGGCACUCCUCUAUCCAACUGUGACUCCAGUCUGCCCACAGGAGGCCUUCUGCAAUCACCCUUGGAGCUCGUUGGAAGCACUAUUGUAGGAAUCCUGCGUGUUAUAAACAUCAUCCCUACAGGAUUCCUGUUCAUGGCAUGACAUUAGACUUAGCUUCUCCAGUAACAAUUAGCAGUUGGACCAUUUAUCACUGCAUGCAUGAAUAAGGUCACUUUCUAUGCCAUAGUGCUAUUUCCCUUUCGUUGUUACAUUUCCACAAAUAUCCUUUCCUUUCUCAUGUUUCCUACUACCAAGCAAUAAAAAGUUGAUUUGGAAUCUUCCUCCUUUUCUUGGAAA